GAUGGCGCUGCUCAUGGACACCAGAUUUCUCUUGAGAAAAGUAAAAGAUUUAAGGAGUUUGACGCCCAAGCGAAACCGAGUGAAAGAAAAAUGGGCUGCUACGCAUCCCAAGUACCCCCCUACCAGUCUGGCCCUGCAGCACUUUGAUGCCACCUACAGUGUCCAGCUGGGGAAGAUGUGGCCAUCAGUUCGAGUCGCCUUGCUGUCAGAGAGAAAAUAUGGAGCCCUGCUCAACAAUUUCUCCCAUGAUGCUGUUCUGGCAGAUCUCCAAGAAAAGGGAUGCAGAGACUUCAUCAACGACGCAGAUACAGAGGCUCAGCCAUGCUUGGAACAAGUAUCUGAGGAGGAAUCAGGUGAUGUUCCCGUGAAGAAAUCUGACAGUGACGGUCAGCAGCUAUCUCCCCCACAACUUAGUCCUAACAUCCCACAACUUAGUCCUAACAUCAAGUGUGUCGUGUUUCCAAGAGGGGAUAUCACAAGAUUCAAGCCUGCGAGACCAGACACGUACAGGUUGCUGGGUUACUACCUGCUGGACGCGGCAUCUGUGCUGCCUUGUCUCGCUUUGAAUGUUCAGGAAGGUCACAAUGUGCUUGACCUCUGUGCUGCUCCAGGAGGCAAGACCCUGGCUUUACUUCAGACCCAGGCUAUCAGGUUUUUGUGUGUAAAUGACACCUCAGUGUCUCGGACGUUGCGACUGAGAAAGGUCCUACAAAGCUAUGUUCCUAAAGAGUUUUUGACUGACGAGAACAUACGCAUCACCUCCUUUGACGGCACCAGGUGGGGGGAUAUCGAAAGGAACAGUUUUGACAGAGCCCUUGUUGACGUUCCCUGCACUACAGACAGACAUUCUCUCAUGGAGGACGACAACAAUAUUUUCAGUAAGACCAGGACUGGAGAGAGACGGAGGCUGCCACAAGUACAGCUGGCACUGCUGCUGGCAGGAAUCGAAGCGACGUGUCCCGGUGGGGAGAUCAUGUACUCCACCUGCACACUCUCUCAAAUCCAGAACCUGAGUGUGGUGGAACAGGCCAUCCACUUGGCUCGAGAGAAGCACGGCAUCCACCUUGAGGUUGUUGAUCUGCAGCCCUUCACACACAUGUUUAGGAAAACCUUUCACUUCGCUCCUGACCUCCACCUGGGUGAGAUGGUCAUCCCACAUUUAGCCGCUAACUUUGGGCCUAUCUACAUGUGCAAGCUAAGGAGGCUGACGUAGACUUCGGACUGAUGACCAAGUUUAUCUAGAAGCUUGUGGACUUCUGGUCUCUCGGGUAUUGAAUGACUCUCCGCUGCCAGAUUAAUACAUAUCUACAUUUACAAACUGUACCUGUUGGAGCACAGUUGAUGGACUUAACUGCUGACUUUUUCAACACUGGAGUAAACGAAGUAUCCAGUUGAUGGACAUAACUGUGGACACACUGGACAGCGCUGAGCUACAGGUUGUCAUGGAGACUUUUUGAGACUUGUAAGCUAACAGGAAUGGCACAUCUCAGUUUUGGGAUUCUUGAAUUAUUUGAGAACAUUUUUCAACACAACAUAAUGUACUGCGGACUGGAUGUGUAUUUUACUUGCAGUUUUAUUUUUGCCCCAUAGGUGGCAACAACAGCUCAAGAGUCAAAGUAUCCUGUAUAUUCUGUGGCCACUAGAGGACACUGAGCAUAUGUCUGGAAAGGUUACAGGAACUCCAGUACAUACAGGAUGUCUUCCUCUCUGUUGGACACAUAGAGAUGAAUGUUUCAGGUAGUGGAAUCACAUUACUGAGACACAAAUUCCUGUCAGAAUUACCUGCCCUCUUUAACUCUCCAGUGAAAAUGGGUUUGGUUUGUUCUAUGGUUAUUCAUCAGGUUUGAUGGCUUUGCCUAAUAAUGCGAUAUGUGGCUGUGUGGAAGGAGGCCAUAAUGAACAGGCAGGUAAUGACUUAUUUGACCAUUUGGCUUCUCACAUCUGAAUCUGUGCAAGUUUCAUUAUUAUAGCUGGAUUGACUCCAUUUUGCAUUGACAUCACCCAGAGGUGAAACGUUUCCUCUCAUCACAACCUAAUGUGAGCGCAGAGGUGCCUCUUUUUCUAUCACACCGCCGAUGACCCUUUAUGUUGUCCUGCCCAGGCAAUGUAGCGUGAAAAAGGUGUGUGUGUGCGCGAGUGUGUAUGUGUGUGUCUAACGAGUCCACCAACCAUAUCCCACUGUCAUUAAGCUGCUCCAAGUGCAGGAGCUGGCUCCCAUCCGCGUGCAGGGAUGGACGGCAGCCAUGCGGCUGCCAGAUGAACAUUAAAGAGGCAGCAGAGAGCUAAAAUGGGACGUCUCGCCCUGUUUUGCCCCUCCGCUUUUUUAUUCCACAGAUGAGUGCAGAUAAUUUUCUGUGCGAUUGUGAGUGAUUACUGUAUUACUGCGGUAAAAGGGGGAUGUAUCGGGGAAUGCAGAGGGAAUUAAUGACACAUAAAAACUAUUUUUGUAUUGACUGCUUUCGUCUCCAGGGCCCUGAAUGCCUCUUCGCGCAUCUUGUGAUUACCUAAACGUAUUGUAAAUAUGUGUUUCCUAUGGGCUCUUACAUAAAUUUACAUGUUUUAACACUCAGGAGACGGCAGACUGUUAGAGAUGACUUACUCUCUAUUCUGCCUGUCUAUAGACUCGACUGGCUGCCCGCUUUAUUAUUGAAUUAGCCAAUGAAGCGCUAUGCAUUUGUGUCCUUGUGUGUAAGCCUGUGUUAGGGAGACGUAUGCUGUGUAUUAGAAAGAUGAAUAUUAUGGAUUUAACUACACAACCGUGCUUCUGUUGUGUUUUCAAAUACAAUUUAAAUGUUGUGUUUUUUUUUUUUGUCA